AUGCCUAGUCCCGGGCUGCUGCAAGCGCGAUGGCGCGGCAUCGGAGCAGCGCCGACGCAGCCACGAACUGGGACGGCAGUGCCGGCGCAAUCGUCAGCGGGGCCAAGCAAGGUCAUGACGGAGCCCUGCUCAGACACGGCCAUGAAGCCAACAGCCAGCAUGUCAAAGGGGAAGCAGAAGAAGACGAAAGAUUCGGAGGUCAAGACUGAGCGAAGUGGUCAUGAAAAGAAGAACAAAGGGAUUCUGUCGCAGCUGGACAAGGCACGCGCCAAGCGCGCGAGGCAAAAGCGCCGGAAGACGGCGCGGGAAAAGGCCAGAACAAAGGACCCCGAAGAAGCAUCGUCGUAUUUAGCGGCGUGGAAGGCGCACCAGGAUUUGGGGACGGCUUGGCGGUUCAACAAAGCCACCCAGGCUUGGCUGCUCCGUCACGCAUACGAACCAGAGCUGGUUCCCAAAAAGGUUUUUCAGCUCCUGCUGAGAUACCUGGCUGGCUUAAGUGGUGCCGCUCGUGAUCGUGCUGUGGCAGAAGCAGGUGCUCUUGUGACUUUGCAAGGCGCCGAAGUGCCCAAGGCUGGGGCCACGCAAUCGAAGCCGGCUCGGCAAAAGAGGUCACGAAAGCCGAAGGAAUCAGCAGCCAACGAAAAAACGGCGCCUGACAUUGUGGAGCCAGAGGAUGCAACAGAUCGUGCAGACGAGGAAGAG